AGGACCUCAGCAAUGAGAACUCUCAUCCUUGCCUUGUUCGGGAUGUGCUAUCUUGCUACACACACAGCGGAAGGUGUGGGCAGUGAAGUCAUUAAAAGGAGUGUCUGUGUACAACUAACCACCAAGCCACUUCAUGUUAAACAAGUCAGCAGAUACAUCAUCGAUGAGGGCCCCGUGAAAGCCAUCGUAUUUAUCACCAAACGUGGCAUUAAAAUUUGUGCUAAUCCAAAACACAAGUGGGUGAAAAAUGUUGUCAAAGAUCUGGAUCGCUCAGCCAAGAAAACCAUGACCCAGACCAUUACUACACGAGUCCAACGAGCCACCAAGGCAGUCACCAACACAGCCACCAACAUAGCCACCAGCACAGCUAUCACCCUGAUUAAUAGACUGGCUACUCGCCCUCUUACCAGUUAG